AUGCAGAUGAACGACUUCCUCACCCGAGACGUCACACGCCGCCUCCUCCUCACCACCGCCACCGUCUGCCUCCACGGAUUGAGAGAGAGCCGCUACUACGCAGCAGCUCAGCGUGGAGGAGGGGUGGGGGCCCUUACGUGGGCCCUCACGUGGGCCCUCACGUGGGCCCUCACGUGGGCCCUCACGUGGGCCCUCACGUGGGCCCCCACGCCCGCGCCCGCGCCCACGCGGCCGAGAAGCCGUUCCAGUGCGGCGACUGCGGCAAGGCGUUCGCGCUGGCGGGCAACCUGCAGACGCACCAGCGCAGCCACUGCGACAGCGGCGGCGGCGGCAACAGCAGCAGCAACAACAACAACAACAACAAGCAGCCGCCGGCGACGACGCCGCCGCCGCCGCCGCCGCCCCCCCCGCCAGGGCGGCCCCGGCGCCGAGAAGCCGUUCGAGUGCGGCGACUGCGGCAAGGCGUUCGCGGUGCCGUCGGGCCUGCGCGUGCACCGGCGCACGCACCGGGGCGAGCGGCUGUUCGUGUGCACGGUGUGCGAGAAGGCGUUCUCCCGCCUCGAGCACCUGCAGCGCCACCAGACGACGCACACGCGCGAGCGCCCGCACGCGUGCCCCGACUGCGGCCGGGCCUUCGCCCACGCCCACCACCUGCGGGGCCACCGCGCCACGCACACGGGCGAGCGCCCGCACGCCUGCGCCGACUGCGGCCGGGCCUUCGCGCAGCGCGGCAACCUGCGCACGCACCAGCGCGCCGUGCACACGGGCGAGCGCCGGCACGCCUGCGCCGACUGCGGCCGGGCCUUCGCGCAGCUCGGCAGCCUGCGGAAGCACCGCGCCGUGCACACGGGCGAACGGGCCCACGCGUGCGCCGCCUGCGGAAAGGCGUUCGCGCGCGCCGAGCACCUGCUGCGGCACCGCGCCACGCACACGGGCGAGAGGCCGCACGCGUGCGCGCAGUGCGGCCGGGCGUUCGCGCACGCGCACCACCUGCGCAGGCACCGGCAGGUGCACGCCGAGGAGGGCGCCGAGAAGGAGGAGGAGGCGGCGGAGGCGGCGGCGGCGGCGGCGCUGGCGCUGAACCAUCACGCGAGCGGCUGAGGCGCCGCGCUCCGGUGGCGUCCGCGGCAGGACGGCGGCUUUUCGCCAGGCCGUUCGAACGGAGGCGGCGGUGGUCGCCGCGCGGCGGUUUCGGAUGCCCGCCGCCGCUUCUGCGGACCGUCUGGAACGCUCUCUCCCUUCCGGCGCGAGGGAGGCACCGGGAGCUUCGACGCACUUUGACGCCGUCAUCGUCGCCGUCGCCAUCGUCUAGAUUGACAAACUCGUUUCUUCAGAACUGCUGCUGCUGCUGCUGCUGCUUGUUGUUGUUGUUGCGCGUUUAGUUCGUCGUCCUUGACACCCCCGCGCACCUCCGAUUAGCCACGGUUGGCUUACGUACGGUGGUGCAAAAGAAGUGCAACCUACGCAUGCACACGAGGGCCCCCCCCUCCACGCUUCAGAGGGGGCUCUGGGGGGGGAGGGGAGGGGAGGGGAGGGGAGGGCCCCCCCCCCCCGAAUCUUGACAAACGAAGGCCCGGUGCCAAAUCAUUUCGUCUUCAACGCGGGAACGCAAGUCGGGGAUCGCGACGGGCGGCCAUUUUGGCCGCUCGGUGCUUGCGCCGCUCGCUAAAAGCCGCGGGCCAGCGCGGUGAAGCUGUGGCCGGCGCCGCUGUGGCAAGGCCACCGCGGCGCCGGCCAGGUGGCGGUGGUGAUGAUGAAGAAGAUGGCGAUAGCGAUGGAAAUGGCGAUGAUGGAGAUGAUGAUGAUGAUAAUGAUGAUGAAGAUGACGUUGGCGAUGAUGAUGAAGAUGGCGUUGGCG